UGAUAAAAGUGUGGUUGAGACAAACUCAUGGAGUGACUAUUGAAACAGUUUCCAGAAUGUUUUUGUAGGACUGUGAGUGUUCAUAAGAGGUGGAGCUUUGGGCUGGGGGAAGCAAAGUAAUGAGCAUAGCUGUCACUUCAUUUAGCAGAAGUCCGGGAAGCGACUCAGCGUUCGCAAGCAGCAAGAGAACCUGAGAGUAAAACUUCAAUAGAUGAAGAGCAGCAUGGACAUUCCCAUGUUUAGUCGUAAGCGGCAUCUGAUAUUUGGAUGUAAUGAUCAGCUUCCACUCCGUAGGAGAAAAUGCCUGAUGGACUGGUCAGACUCAGCUGAACAUUCAGACAGACUGAUGACAAGCAGUACUUCCACUUGGUUGUUCGACUCAUGUGUGAACAGGUGGAAGAUCAGUCACAAGAACACAUUGGAGCUAUUGGAGCUGACGCGUCUCUGGGCCGACGCAGAAAGUUCUGUGCAGAAAGUUUUAGAGUGUCUCAAAACCAAACGGGGCGACGUCUUCCUAGACCACUUGGUGAACAGCAAGUUUCUAGCCUUUCACAGAGACAUCACGGAUGAAUAUGGCAGGGAAGACAAGCAGCACUCGUGGGCGGUCAUCGAAAAACAGGAAGAGGUCAUUAUGUAUGGGCCUUAUUAUCCUAACUACAACAGCGGAGAACACAGCGAGGACAUCAUCAUUACACAAACUCAAGAGCUUCUGGAGGCAGAGGACUUCCCGCAAGGCUGGACAGUGUAUAUUUUCACCAUGAACAGUCCUUGUUUGGCAAGAAAUUCGGACCCAUGCAUGCUAAACCUCGUUCAUUGGGCCCGAGACUGGUGGAGCAUGUUUGCAGUUAAGACUUAUAUAGGCUAUGUGAGAAGUUGGGGCUUUAAAGGAAACAAAGAAAAUGUUUUUAAGGAACUCAAUUACAGACAAGUGGAAAUGAUAACUCAAAGUGUGGACUAUGGGAGCUACGUUGAAUUAAUUGAUAAGAUCGAUGAUCUCAGUCCUUUAUGUGAAACUGUGUUUAUUGUUGCUAAGGACUUACUGAAAGGUGAGAAGCUCAACAUUCCUUUGAUAACCACAGAAGAAAAACAGGAACAUAAGAGUUACUUCAAAAAUAUGAACAGUAUACUUGAGUCCAAACAGGAAGAGGAGAAAAAACUCCUUAUAAAGGAGCUGAAUGCAUUUGCGGAAGCAGCAGAGCCCUUGCUUUUAGGUGAAAAUCAAGGCUUAGAGGACCAUUUGGAGAAAGGAAAGGUGUUUUCACUCAGUUACAAUUUCAGCUCAGAGGUAUGUGAAGGCCUCCAGGAAGAAAUGAGAGUCAGGUUUCAACAGUGCUGGAGGGAGACAGUACAGGACAGGUGUGCGGAGUUUGUCAGGGAAAAGCUGACUGAUGAGUUUAAUCAACUCACUGUUCGGCUUUUUGUUGAGGACUUUCACAGGCUUACACAAGCAUAUUUGCAAAUCGGAAAAUUGAAGUUUUAAAAUUCUAAGUAAAACUGAGUGUUUGGAAAGAUUAUGGGAAUAGUAGUGCUAGGAAUCCUUGUCACGCAUUGAAAACUAUCAAAAAUCUCACCCGUCACUUAGAGUACGUCAAAAUGCUUUUUCUUUAAUACAUUUGCUUACAAUAUAUCACAAAUAACAGAGUACAUGAUUAUAGUGGAGUGAUGUUUUUACAAAAGCUUGUACAUUUCUCAUUCUUGUAAUUACUUAAGGUAGUAUCCCACAUUUACACUGGUUACCUCUCGCUAGCAGCAGAUUAGAAAGCAUUGCAAAUAUUCUGUACAGUUUACCCAUCAAUAACCAUAUUAUACAGGACGUGAAUUUUAAUGUAGGUUCCCACAAACCUUUCAAAGGCCCCAUGUGCUACUGGCUA